AUGUAGCUUCUAAAAUAUGCAUGUUAUAAUAAUUUGGUAAUUCGAUUCAAAAUUUUCUAAUAAUCAAAAAAAGAUCUUGAAAUUUUGAACUUUUAAAGUAUUAUAGUUUUUAUAAUUAAUAUAGCAAGUACAUAAUAAAAUGAACAUGCUUUAGAAGAAGCUUUAUAAUAUUAUGAUCUAUUAAUUUAUAAAAAUCCUGAAGAUUACAGUGCUUUAGCAAAUAAAGGUAAAAUAUUUGUUAAUUUUAUAUAGCAAAUACACUAGAAAAGUUAAAACGUUUUGAAGAAGCUUUAUAGUAUUAUGAUUAUGCUAUUUAAAAAAAUAAAGGAGAAGCUGAUAUAUAUAACAAUAAAGGUAAAAUUGAUUUAUCGUACAAUAUAGGAAAUACAUUAUCUAUCCUUAAUAGAUUUGAAGAAGCUUUACAAUAUUAUAAUUCAGCCAUUUAACUUAACCCUUAUAAAUUUGAUUACUACUUGAACAAAGGUUUGGAAAAUUAAAUAAAUUAGCAAAUACAUUAGAUGACUUAAAUCGAUUUGAAGAAGCGUUAUAAUAUUAUGAUUAUGCAAUUUCAAUAAAUCCUGAAGAUUAUAGGGCUUUAGCAAAUAAAGGUAUAAUUAAAAAGUAAAAAGUAUAGCAAGUACACUAAAAGGGUUAAAUCGUUUUAAGGAAGCUUUAGAAUAUUUUGAUUAUGCUUGUGAAAAAAAUCCUAAAGAUGCAGAUAUAUAUAAUAAUAAAGGUAAAAUAAAUUUAAUAAUAAAAUAUAGCAAACACAUUAAAAAACUUAAAUAGAUUUGAAGAAGCGUUACAAUAUUAUGAUUCUGCAAUUCAGCUAAACCCAAAUAAAGUUAAUUUUUACUUUAACAAAGGUUAAAGAUAUAUUAAAUUAAUAGCAAAUACAUUAAAAUUGUUAAACCGAUUUGGAGAAGCUUUAUAAUAUUAUGAUUGUGCAAUUUAAAAAAAUCCUGACGAUGCUGAUAUUUAUAAUAAUAAAGGUAAAAGGGAAUUAAAAAUACAAUGUAGGAAAUACAUUUUCUGAUCUAAAUCGAUUUGAAGAAGCUUUAUAAUAAUAUGAUUUGGCAAUUUAAAAAAAUCCUGAAGAUUACAGAGCUUUUGCAAAUAAAGGUAAAUUGAUUUUAUAUUGAAAUUUAGCGAAUACAUUAGCCAACUUAAAUCGAUUUGAAGAGGCUUUAUAAUAUUAUGAUUAUGCAAUUUAAAAAAAUCCUGAAGAUAUUGUUAAUUACAAUAAUAAAGGUAAAAUGGUUUUAAUAAUAAAUUAUAGCAAGCACAUUAGUUGGUUUGAACCGAUAUGAAGAAGCUUUAUAAUUUUAUGAUUAUGCAAUUUAAAUAAAUCAUCAAGAUGUUGAUAUAUAUUUUAAUAAAGGUAGAUGUGAUUUAAUAGUAAAAUUUAGCUCGUACUUUAUAAAAGUUAAAUCGUUUUGAAGAAUCUUUAUAGUGCUACGAUUAUGCAAUUUAAUAAAAUCCUCAAGAUUCUGAUUUAUAUAUUAAUAAAGGUAAAACUGAUUUAAAAAUAAUUUAGCAAAUACAUUAGCUAGUUUGAAGCGAUAUGAAGAAGCUUUAGAAUGUUAUGAUAAUGCAAUUUAAAAAAAUCCUGAAGAUUAUAAAGCUUUUGGAAACAAGGGUAAAAUUUAUUUGAACAAUAAUAAAGCAAAUAUAUUAAGAGACCUAAAUCGAUUUGAAGAAGCGUUAGAAUAUUAUGAUUAUGCAAUAGAAAGAAAUCCUGAAAAUUCUGAUAUAUUUAUUAAUAAAGGUAUAUUUAAUUUAAUAAUAGAAUGCAGCAAUUACAUUAACCCACCUAAAUCGAAUUCAAGAAGCUUUAUAAUAAUAUGAUAACGCAAUUUAAAUAAAUCCUGAAAAUUAUAUAGCUUUAGAAAGGAAAGGUAAAAUUAAUUUAAUAAUAAAUAAAAGCGCGUGCAUUAUAAAAGUUAAAUCGAUUUGAAGAAGCAUUAGAAUAUUAAGAUUAUGCAAUAUAAAGAAAUCCUGAAAAUGCUGAUAUAUUUAUUAAUAAAGGUAAAUUUGUAUUUAAAAUAAAAUUUAGGAAAUACAUUUUUUGAUCUAAAUCGAUUUGAAGAAGCUUUAUAAUAAUAUGAUUUGGCAAUUUAAAGAAAUCCUGAAGAUUAUAGAGCUUUUGCAAAUAAAGGUAAAUUGAUUAUAUAUUAAAAUUUAGCAAAUACAUUAAGUGAAUUAAAUCGAUUUGAGGAAGCUUUAUAAUAUUGUGAUUAUGCAAUAACAAAAAAUCCUUAAGAUGCUCAUAUAUAUAUUAAUAAAGGUAAAAUAGUGUAAAAUCUAAAUUAUAGCAAAUACUUUAAAAAAGUUAAAUCGAUUUGAAGAAGCCUUAUAAUAUUAUGAUUUUGCUAUAUAAAAUGAUCCAGAAGAUUUUCAAGCUUUUGUAAAUAAAGGUUAAAUAAAAUUUGAUUAAUAAAUUUUAGCAUUUACAUUAUAAUGUUUAAAUCGAUUUGAAGAAGCUUUAGAAAAUUAUGAUUAUGCAAUAUAAAGAAAUCCUGACAAUGCUGAUCUAUAUAUUCGUAAAGGUAAAAUGCAUUUAAUAAUAAAUUAUAGCAAAUACAUUAGCUGACUUUAAUCGAUUUGAAGAAGCUUUAUAAUUUUGUGAUUAAGCAAUAAAUAAAAAUCCUGAAGAAGCUGAUUUGUAUUAUAAUAAAGGUAAUAUGGGUUUAAUUACAACAAACAGCAAAUACAUUAUCAGACAUCAAUCGAUUUGAAGAAGCUUUAUAUUACUAUGAUUGCGCCAUUCAAAUAAAUCCAAAUAAAUUUUAAUUUUACUUUAAUAAAGGCAAAACAUUAUUUAAAUAAAUAGCAAAUAUAUUCAAAAAGCUACAUCGUUUUGAAGAAGCCUUAGAAUAUUAUAAUUAUUCCAUUGAAAAAUAUCCUGAAGAUGCUGAUUUAUACAAUAAUAAAGGUUUAUUUAAUUUAAUAAUAAAAUGCAGCAAAUACAUUAGCGUCCCUAAAUCGAUUUUAAGAGGCAUUAUAAUAUUAUGAUUUGGCAAUUUAAAAAAAUCCUGAAGAUUAUAAAGCUUUUGCAAAUAAAGGUAAAAUUGAUUUAAAAAAAAUAAUGUAGCAAAUACAUUAAGAGACUUAAAUAGAUUUGAAGAAGCUUUAGAAUAUUAUGAUUAUGCAAUAUAAAGAAAUCCUUAAGAUAUUGAUAUAUGUAUUAAUAAAGGUAAAUCGAUUUAGUAAUAAAUUUUAGCUAAUUCAUUAAAAAGUUUAAAUCGAUUAGAAGAAGCAUUAGUAAUUUUGGGUUUAGCAUUAUAACAACAUCCUGAUUUAUAUAACAAUUAAAUAAUGAGGUAGUUCUUAAAUGAAAAUUCAAAAUAUGUAUCGUUUAGAAGCAAUUAGGAAUGA